GGAGCAAGGGUGGUUGCCACUGUCUGUUUCUUUGGCUUAAUCCUUAAAUCUUCUGUAAUCGGGAUGAGAAGGAGAGAGCAUGCUGCCUGAUUUAGGACUACACAGUCUAUGUUAGGACCUGCAAGGACAGAAAACCUAACUGGUCAUUACAAGAGAUGGAGGGAGGGGGCAGAGUAGAGCCACAGUCACUUUGGGGAACUUAAACCUAACCCGUUUCUUAAAAGAGGAGAGUCGAGCACAACAAGAUGCUUUUCAGCCAUCAACAGAGGAAAAAGAAGAGGACUCUUUCUGGUUGGAUUCUUUUAGGAUGAGAAUGGUGCACAGAAGACAAUACACCCAGCUGUGAUCCCGGCAGAAGGAGCCGGGCGGUAGGGGGCUCAUGGCCUUGACAUGUGACGAUCCCCGCUUGGGCGCGGGCCCAUCUGAGGAUUCUGAGAUGAAUCUGGAUGAUUCCGACUCUGGAAGUGUCCUUUCUGAUGACUCAACGCUUCCUAACUUUGAGAGAGAUGACAAGUAUGCAGAGCCUCCUAAGACACUAUAUGAGGCAUGUGUUCGGAAUGAUCCCAUCUCCCUGCGAAGGAUACUGGAGCGAGGCGUUACCAAGGAAGAGGCCAUGGAGCUGGACAUUAACAGCAGGAGUGGACUGAUGGUGGCUGUGAGCAAAGGAUUUGUGGACAUCGUCACUACGCUGCAUGUAUGCCCUCUAAUAGACGUAAACCACCAAGACAAUGAUGGGAACUCUGCGCUUAUGAUUGCAGCCCAAGCUGGCUUCGUCACUAUUCUAAACUACAUUCUCAAUUACUACUCUGGUGUGGAUACUGAGGUCAGGGAUCCCCGUGGCUUUACUGCCCUGAUCAAGGCAGGCCUGCAGGGCAGAGAGGACUGCGUGUCAGCGUUGCUCAUGCAUGGUGCCGAUAUGAAUGCAAUGGACUAUGUUCAAGGGCGCGGCCUGAAAGAUUGGGUUUUGAAGACAGGAAGAUUUGAGACAUUGAACAGAAUACGUUAUCUGCAGGCUCAUCCUGUCGCUCAACAGUUUUGUGCCAGCUACGCACCUGAGUGGCCGGAGCUCAAGCAGCUGGUGGCAAAGACCACCGCCACCAAAACCACGGGUCAGAAACUGCGGCAGCGCUUAAACGAUAGCUUCACUUUCAGCUUCCCUCAGGACCCCCAAGACAACGGGGUGAUGGACCACAUGGUGCGUAUGACCACAAGCAUCCACAGCCCCUUUGUAGCCACCGCUUGCCAUCCGCUGUGUCCCAGCAGCCCCCCAGAAAUAGGGAAGAGGCGCUUUGCUGUUCCCGAACUACUUGAGAAGCACAGCAACAAGGAGCUGGAGGAAAGCACAGUGUCUCACAGCAACAGAUCCCUCGCAUCCUAUUCUCCCAGCGCUGCAUCAGUCGCCUCGGUAUCCCUGACCUCCUGCUGCCAGGACGCAGAGCGCAGGGAGAGCGCGCCACCCGGGAGCAUGAGAGGCUUUAUUCCCCGCAACAUGGCGCACAGGAACAGCAUCUUCCCCUCUGGCUGUGUUCCGAAAAUUGAAGUGACCAAAUCUGGCGAGCCUACGCCGAAGAAAGAGAAGAAGAAGAAAAGGCAGAAGGGCUACCUGGAGCCUCCUGUGUGGAAGUACAAGGAGGCCAAGCAGGAAAAAAAGAGGGAGAAGAAGCAAAAGGAAAAGGAAUUAGAGCAAGAGAGAAUAUCCAAGGGGUCCAAAAAAUAGAAACUAAACAUGACCCAAAUUGAAAGUUUCCAAAGAAGAUUGUUGAUUCUGUUGAAGACUAUUUUGACACAAAGUUCGUAUAUAAGCUGAUGGUGUAAAUAUGCAAUGCUGAUAGAAUUUUUUAAAAACAUGCCCCAUUUUCCAAUUAGGUUUUAGCCAUUUAUAUACUGUACGGUCAUAAAACAUAAAGGAGUAGUAGUAAAAGUGUCACUUGCUGAUGCACUGGCAUUAUUUUACCAAGUUAAAGUCCCUGUAAAGUGAACAUAAAUGUCUUCUAAAUUUGACGCACAACAGACAGAAGUGUCAUUAACAACCCUGACAAAUUUGAAUGAUUCAAACAAAUUGCCAAUAUCCAAAUUUAAACUUCAAAAUCGGGAAAAAUCAAGCUUUUAUUCCCGCUCUCAAACUCUGUGGCCAUGUCUGCUGAAUGCAUCAAACAAUGUCCUGCUGAAAAAGGGAUUCUACUUCAUUCAGCAACAUCCUGAGCUAUACACAUUCCGUCAUGUUUGAUGUAUGAAAGUGUAUCUGGGAGGUGCUACUCACCAGAUACAGUAGCUUGCAAGCUAAGAGGAUUCCAAGGCUCCUCUUGGUCGGCGGAUCUAGGCAUAGCUAGCUAGCUAACUGCACGCUGUAGUAUUUGAAAUUAUACAGUGGGGUAGGGGCGGCUCAUGUCCCCGAGCGCAUCACUUGGUGUUGAUUUUGCCACGCCCAAAAAAAUCAGGAAAACUGAAAUGGUGAAAACCGGUUUAACGCUAUAUCUCCACAAUUACUUCAUAGUUCUGUCUUUUCACGUUUACAGAAAUUAACUUCAAACGUGUAUAAUAUAUUUACAAACAAAAUCUCUCAAUUCACUUUACAGGUUAUUUAAGCAUUUGGAUCAAAAUCACCAUUUUGACCUGUAAUAAUGAGUUCAUAUUUGGGCAUCUUAACCCUAACCCAGAUGCACUUUGUGUCCUCAUGACAGGACUUUUAUCACUUUUCUCAGGGAGCUACAUCCAUUAGUUUUCACUGAAUCUUAGGUUCUCUAUGCUACCACUGAACAGUUUGGGAAAAGAUAUCUCGAGCCCAAACAUACUGUGUGUCCAUCUUAUUAAAUGGAGACAAUUAUUCCAAACAUCAUCAGUCAGAUUGCGUUUUUUCCUCUAGCUAAAAAUUCCAUUACCGUAAUGUGUUGAAUGUGGUGACAUAAUACAUAAAGGCAAUGUAUAGUUCCAACUUCCUGGAACAAGACUAUAUUUUCCAAAGGUAUCUCCACAAUCGUGAACUUAAAAAAGUCGACUGUUUUAUAGAAAUUCUGAAAACAAUUAAUGUACAGUACAUAACAGUCAAUGACUGCGGAUGAUGUUCCUCUUGUCUGACACGUAACCUUAGCUACUCACUGACAAUUAAGUUUCACUGAGUUAUCUUAAGGCACCAAUAAUGCACUCGCUCAAGUGGCAUGCAAUGGCUUUUGAACUCUGAACCUCAGAAAUCUUUUAAUCCGAAGUGCAGGAUCGUUACGUAACAAUUAACUUCGAUUGGCUGAUGGUGUCUUCUGUGUUUGCGACGAAAGCUAAAAACCAAAGACAUUAGUGUUGUUGUUGUGGUCAUUUAAAGACUCUUGCGUCACGUUAGAAUAUUUUUAGUAUAAUGUCUCAUUUCCUCUUCUCCAAGGGAACUUGCUGACUUUAGGUCAGCGCUGGAAUAAAUACAUCUCCGGAGUGCAGUGAAGGAGCACAUUAGAUGAGUAAAUAAGGCGUGACCUGGGUCAAGAUGGACACAAUUAGACCUGUGACCUCCUUAUAAAUGUGGCUCAAAGUUACAAAUAUACAGCUACAAUUGUACUCUCAGACCAAACAAAUAAGGCUUUUUUACUGAGAUGAAGCGACCUCAAAUACAGGCCUGUGUAAAAUACAAAGAACAAUGUGCUCUCUUUUUUACACGGCAGCUAAUGUGAGAGCAUCCAGCUGUGUCUGAAGCCCGAAAGCAAAAAGAUGGCAGAGCCUGAGCACAAGCGAAUUGGGGGAUUUAGAUGAAUGACAACAAAACAUUUCUUCCCCUAACUCUCUUAUAUUUCCAAACCAUCUUUCUGGCAUCAAAGAGCAACAGGAAAAAGUUUGACUGCCGUCAAUAAUACAGCAGAGGCAAUCACCAAUCAUAUAAGAGGUAAGCCACCAUAAUUGUAUUUCAUAUACACCCUAGGAAAGUGGUUCUCAACUGAUUUUACCUAUUUUGCCAAAUGCGGAAGUAUGUUGCAAAUACUGGAUGGGGCCAGCCACCACCACCCCAUCCCCCCACCUGAUGGCUCAUAAUUGCCAUAGAUGCCACAAGAUUGCUGCAAAGCACUAUUUGAAGCUAUACAACUUACUUCAACAUAGUUCCAUGACAACAUGAUUCCACAAGAUGGUGCCAAAUCAUCCAUCCAUCCAUUUUCCAAACCGCUUAGCCUAACUAGGGUCACGGGCGUGCUGGAGUCUAUCCCAGCUAUCUUCGGGCGAGAGGCGUGGUAUACCCUGGGCUGGUCGCCAGCCAAUCGCAGGGCACAUAGAAACAAACAACCAUACGCACUCACAUUCACACCUACGGACAAUUUAAUGUCUUCAAUUAACCUACCAUGUAUGUUUUUUUUGGGAUGUGGGAGGAAACCGGAGUACCCGGGUAAAACCCACGCAGGCACAGAGAGAACAUGCAAACUCAGAACUGUGAGUCAGAUGUGCUAGCCAGUCGACCACCGUGCUGCCGGUACCAAAUGAACAGUGCUGAAUAGCUAGGGUUUUCAGCAAACAAUUCCAUUGCAACAUGCUGGCAAUUUUUUUUGUUUUGAGUUUGUUGUCACAUUUCUGUCGGGCCAAUUAUUAUUAUUAUUACUCGUGCACUCAUUGUAGUAGUCUCGCCACGCUGCACUAUUUGCAUAUCUGUUGCUGACCAAUACUGGCCACUCAUGCCAGAGUAGCAUCUUCUCCAUUUGCACACUGACUGAGGAGUAUCUGCAACAUUUGCACAAUCAACAUUGUCCCAGAUUAUCGCACUACUCGCUUGAAGUCUCGGCGCCCUUUGCACAAUGGUCAUUGCACCGGACUAUUGCAAUAUUAGUCUAGAGGACUCUGCAUCUUUUUGCACAAUUGUAAAAAAAAAAAAUAAUAAUAAUGUACCGGCAUUACCAGAUAACUAGCAACCCUUUAUUGCUCAGUGACUGUUUUUUUGUUAUUGUUGUCAAUGUCUUUAUGUCUCAAAAGUGUCUGUUGUCGUACUAGAGCGGCUCCAAUUACCAGAGACAAAUUCCUUGUGUGUUUUAUGGACAUACAUGGCAAAUAAAGAUGAUUCUGAUUCUGAUUCUGAAAUAACGGAGCAGAGGUUAAAAAAAAAACUUUGAAUAGGUGAAUCCACAACAAGUGAAUCAAAAAUAUAUGAGGAAACACUUUACACUUCGUGUCCCUUACCUAAUAUGUUCUGUGUUCUUGGUAUGUUUCUAAACCGUACCGGGAAAUAUAAAUAUAGUGGUGAGUGACGAGACUAACAAUUUUGAGGAAGGUCUGCUUAGCUUAAUGCUAACAAACAAUACGGGCCACAGAGGUGUUAACAAGCAGCACUGGUGCCGCUCUGUUAUAACCCUUUAAGCAACGGAUAUUUGAAAACAAACAGUUGAAAAUCACUGCCGUAUGAGACGUUCAAUAAGACUAUCAGGCUGCAACGAUAGGAUAAGGUCCCUCAUUCGAAUGAUGUGGAAAAUCCAAAUUGAAGAAAGGGAGACCUUUUUGAGAUUUCAACUUCUGAUACAACCACACAACAUUUUAACUUAAUGGGAUCUCAAUAAAAAUGUGUGUGGUGGACUCAGAAGAGAAACAACAGUGCAAAUGUCCAAAGUAUCAUCCUCUGGUGGGAUCCAGUAAUGCCGGGUUUUGAUUUAUACACCGUCAGAGUGAGCAUAAUAACUGAGCGAUAUCAUAUUUUGAAAUCUUUGAAACUGCAACCACUGCAAACUGCAUUUCUGAUUCUGUCAAUCAAAACUCAGUAUUCUUAUCGGUGUAAAAGCAGAAUUGCUACAACUCUUUUAUUUGAUUUCCAAAUAGUUUCCAUUGAGUCCGGUUUAUUGCUAUUGCCAUUUUGGCCUUUUACCACUGUCGAAUGUGAAAACUAAACAAAGAAAAUCUAAAAUGUUCUAAAGCUCGAUGUUGUGUCCCUGUGUGUGUUCGUGUGCGAGUGAUACCUGGAUUUCCUUUUUUUGCACUUGCAAACUGAUGCAUGUGCAUCAUCUUGAAACUCUGCCCACUAAUCUUGAAAGCGCCAAAAUGUAACUGUCAGAUUUUCCAUUGCGAUAAAGAUUACAUGUCCUAAUUGCUUAGA